ACAACAACCCUGAAGGGACUUGUCCUGACCUCUAGGUGGCAUUUUGGGAGAAAUCAGCUGCUCAGAGAGACAUCACCAUGAACAGCUGCAAGGAAAGAGCGUAGCCCAAAAGGGGUGGGGCAGGGCGGGGCGCUCUGGCAUCGAUUGCUCCGGAGACGCGCAGUUCGGUGCUCUGCUGAGUGCGUCUGCCGGAGCAGCUGCUUUGAGAAAGUUAGUUUCGCAUCCCUGGAAAGCGAUGCCCGAGGGCCCGACUGUGAAGAGGUUCCAGCUUCAGUGCUCCCCAUUUGUGGGGCAGGCCGUGACCAAAGUAGGGGGAAGCACGAAGCAGAUGAACCCGGAUGAUCUGAAGGGGCUGGUGCUGCAAGACACUCAGGUCCAUGGGAAGAAUUUGUUCCUGGCUUUUGGUGGAGUUCAGGAAGCAGCGCCCAGCAGCGAGGACUCGUCUACAGAACCUCCGAACCCGGGUAGCAGCCAAGGGAUGGGCCGUGGCAGAGGCAGUCCCAUUCUCCAGAGUUGGGAAGGAGGCAAGGCCGACUCUGGGAGUCCGCGGCGCCCCCUGCAGGAGGAGCAUGAAGCUGAUUUGCCGUCAUUUAUGGACGACGCUGCUGGACCCCCUUGGAAAUGGCUACGAUUCCACUUUUGGCUGUAUGGGAGCAUCCGUGCCAAUGAGUUUGCAAGGGCCAACAAGGCUAAUAAAAGAGGGGACUGGAAAGAUCCGGUUCCCAGGCUUGUUCUGCAUUUUGAUGGAGGGGGCUUCCUUGUCUUUUAUAACUGCCGGAUCCAUAGCUGUUCUUCUCCUAUCGCUGAGCCGGCUACUGACAUCCUGAGCUUGGAGUUUGAUCAGGAACGCGCUUUGGGGGCCCUGUGCAAAGCUGUACCUGUGUGCCACACCCUCCUGGACCAAAGAUAUUUCUCAGGGCUUGGGAAUAUCAUUAAGAACGAGGCCCUGUACCUAGCGAAGAUCCAUCCGCUCUCCCUCGGAUCCCUCCUGCCACUCCCGGAACUCAGAUCCCUGCUUGACCAUGCUGUUCGCUUCACCUCGGAGUGGUUCAUCAACAAGCAGCAGAGAGGGAGGCAACAUUGGCAGAUCUACCAGAAAGAGAGAUGCCCUGAAGGGCACCAGGUGAGGAAAGAAGCCUUUGGUCCUCCGGAUGGACUGAGAAGACUUACCUGGUGGUGUCCCCAGUGCCAGCCUCAAGUUGCUCAGGAAGAGGAUGAGGACCUUUCUACUCGCGGCAGCUGAAGGGUUAAGCCUCUCUGACCUCGGUUGAAUUGUAUUAGGAUGCUAAAAUUUGAAGAGAGGGCAGGGCGAGGUGGGCGGGCACACGCCCGCGAUUGCUACGGAGAAGCCACCCAAACCCCAACCAUUUCCACCCUGGUUUUAAUACAGACGAGUACUUACCAAGCGGCUAGUCCUCAGCGUAUUGUGGCAUUCACGUCCCCAGUCCUCGCUUGGGUGGUGGUGGGGUGUUGUUGUUGUUGUUUCAAACGUGGCCUUGGGCCACGUUAAGCGUGAGCCGGACCACAGUUCAAUGUAAGAUGUUGGGCUAACGAAAAUGGAGACGGCUGUCAAACUUUGAGUUUCUCAGUCUGAAAGACAGAUUUUUCAGUUAGUGUAGCAGCCAAGGCUGUUGCAAUAGACAGCAGAAGUUUAGCAUUCUGCCUCUUUGGAGAAUGAGAGCCCCAUAUAGAUGUUGAGAAGUUCCUGGUUUCUGUAUUAAAGUUUUAUUCGUUCCUUGA